AUGGGAAAUCGGAAGACAGAAGAAGAAAGGAUUGAAAAAGUAAUUCGGAGCCUUCUAAAACUCUCCGAAAAUAGAAGAUGCAUCAACUGCAAUCUUUUGGCACACAUGCAUGUAACAUUUUCAGAUGACAGUGUAUCUAAAAUAACAAGUAUUCUUAUGAAUCAGGGACCGCAAUAUGUGUGUACAACUUUCUCCACAUUUGUCUGCACAAAUUGCAGUGGCAUACAUCGAGAGUUUACCCACAGAGUAAAAUCUGUCUCAAUGGCUAAAUUUACUCAAGAAGAAGUCACUGCUCUUCAAGCAGGUGGAAAUGAGAGAGCAAGCCAGAUUUAUCUUAAAGAAUGGGAUCCUCAGUGCAAUUCUAAACCAGAUUCCAGUGAUAUACAAAAACUUCGAGAAUUCAUUAGGAAAGUGUAUGUAGAAAGAAGAUACAGCGCUGACCAUAGCAGCAGUAGUGGUCUUUCGAGGAUUAGAUUGACUGAGAAGGAGUCUGAUGCAAGUAAGAGGAGUAGUUCAUUUCGUUUAGAGCUCAUAAGUCCACAUUCAAGUCCUGGACCAAGAAGUGAGGAUAAGAAUUUGAGAUUUUUAUAUGAUGAAAGCAGAAGCCCCAGAUAUGCACAAAGGUAUGCAAGGCAUGGAGGCCAAGUCAGAAGUCCUAUUCAAAUUGAAGUUGUUGAUGACAGGUUCCGAGACGAUGAACGUAGAAAUCGAAGGAUUUUGAAUAUAGAAGCAAAGCUAAAGAAAGUUUCAACUGAUGAUCAGAAGAAUGUGGACAGAUCCCAACUCCCUGUUGUACUUCCUGUGGGUGAAGUGUCAAGGGAGAAAGCUCAACCUCCACAAAUCAAACAUUCGGGUGGCAAGGGUUCUGUUGAGGAAAAACCAUCUGAACGAAACAAUAAUAUUCCAGAAACACCACCACCUACAACACAAUCAAAUGAAAGUAACUGGGCCAUAUUUGACGCUUCAACAGAGAACAAUGAUCCUAAAAUUCCAGAAACAAAUACCUCUAAACCUUCUACAGCAAUGGUAGCAUCUGAACCACCAGCACCUGCAAAAAAUCCCAUAGACCUUUUACUUUUUGAAUUGUCAGGCCCUGUGGCUCCGGUGACCAGUGGCAUGCCACAAGUUCCAAGUAAUGUUAAUAAUGAUUCAACAAUAACAACAGUACAAAAUGCUAUUACUUGGGACUUUCCACCCACUUCAACAGGGAACACAACUGCAUCAUCCAACAAUACUAGUGUUUGGCCAUGUGCAUCAACCCCAGCCACUGACACAGCACAACCUUCUAAUGAACUUCCUCCACAUACGGAAGUUUCACAUGCACAUAAUCCAUCAAGCAUGCAAUAUCUUCCAUCUAUAUCGGUAGGCUUUAAUUCAACCACACAACCAACAAAUUCACUAGUCAAAGAUGUAGCUUCAACUAAUCAGACACGGCCAUCAGUAGCUCCUUGCGGAAAUGAUUCUUCAUGGUCUUUGACUGAAUUAUCCUCUCAAACUACCUCAAAACCCACUCAAGAAACCAGACCUGAUGUUGGCUCCCAGCCCAGUAAAGUGGAAAUUUGGGCAAGUGGAAGACAGGAACUACCAGAGGACCUUUUCAUAUCAAGCUUUUUAUCUGGCCCAGCACCACUUCCAAGUUGGCAGAAUGUUCAACCUCAUGGCAUGGGAUAUGGCAUGCAGUAUUAUCAUAAUGCAGCGCCUCCCCCUGCCCUUUCAAAUUCACCAAAGUCCACAAACCCCUUUAAUGUAACUGAUGGGAGAAGUAUAAUCCAUGCUUCAUCGCUUCCCUCUAUAGCAUGUGUGCACGGUGCACCACCAGUUGUAUCAUCACCCAGAACAGGAUUGAUACAUACUACAAGUCUCGGGUCUUUGGUGUCUCAGUCCCCAAGUUAUACAUCACCAGUUCCAAUGGGUAUGUACUUUGAUCAAGUUAAUAAUGAGAAGCGACCCACUAGACCACAGAGAGUUGAAAGCUUCAAUGGUGAGAUAACUGGUUUUGGAUCUAUAGACCCUAUUCAACAGUCAAAUAGAGGAUUCAUGACCUCCCAAAGAACAAAUUCUUUUUCCAAUACAAGUGGAAACCCAUUUGACUAG